AUGCAUAAAAUGUACCGAUUUCAUUUGAGUAGAGAACAGCUUAAGCCUAAGAACGCAGGAGACCGGCACGCCCUUCGUCCUGACUGGGCUGUAAAAUAGAGUGAACACGUCUUCUACUAAAGGAUCUCACAUUCAGGAUAGGUUUCGCAUUAAGCUCACAAUUAUACGAGAAAAAAUAAUUCUGAAACAGGAUGCACGAAAACCUCCUAGCCGGCAUAUUCGUUCUCAUUGCCUGUGACACUGUGCUUUCGACGCCUACCUCCCCGGAACGUCGCUUCUGCUACGAUAUCAAGAAGUUCGUAAACACAUCUGAGAAAAUAUGGACGUUAAAAACCACUAAUAUGGGAAAUAUAAUCUGCGAGUACGACAAAAUGAUGUCUAUAUAUGAACCAGAGAUUUACUUCCAAAGAACGUUCUUACUGCACGGUCGAAGGUGUGACGUUCGACUGCGUGGACAGUUUUAUCGCUUUCACCCGGACUGGAUGACUGUCACGGACAAGGGUAGGAAGCAACUGUGUACAGAAAGAUUGCUCUAUUUGGCUCCAGACCAUUCAUGUGCCGUGGUCAAGAUCGCGUCUGUAGGAGAGGGUAAUGAAGUCCGUUACGAUCUCCGCGUGCGAGAUUCUUCAAUACGAGAAAGACCCCAAGCAGAAUGUGAACUGCGUUUUACUCGGGCAGCCAAAGGACGAAUGGUAUACCAUAUUUAUAGCUCAUACUGUCGACAGGCGUACAGGACAUUGAGAUAAAUACCUAGUAACGUUAAUAAACUAAAGAUGGUCAAUCUUAAACCAAGCUGCCCUGCUGCUUACGGUUCAAUAUUAAUAUUUCUGUUGGACGGAUUUGCGUUUCUUCUUGA